AUGAAGAUAUUCUUCCGCCCGGAGUACGACACAGCGUCUCUGCCGUCCGGGAUGAGCGUCCGGAAAGCCACCUCAGCAAACCCCCUCCUCUCCCUUCCAUCACCCUCAAACUCCUCCGACGGGGAUGUGACACGCAUGCGACCGAGCACAUUGGACGAUCAAAUCAAACUGGAUGCUCCAUUUGUGAUACUUUCCCUUCUCGGACUGGCUUCCAGACUUCCAGAGUUUCAGAACCUCGCAUUCCCCACUGCCAAAGUGGACGCGUUGCCCUCUGCGGAGCCCCACCAAUCAGCACGGCCAGGGGCACGGAUCGUCCCCAAGAGCCGGGAGAAACUUCACCGAUCGCCGAUGGAGUCAGGGCAUUCGUGCCUGGUCCGUUCGCGCGGGACUGGGCCUUAG